AUGGACGAGCGCGCGCAUGCCAAUAAGUCCGUCGGCACACGAUCAGCUUUCCGCCUACAGUUCAUCACUACUCCUACCUCUGACACUCCUGGUACGAGUAUACUACUGCACUUCGAUAAUAAACGGUACAUAUUUGGUGAAAUCACGGAGGGAACUCAACGAGCAUGUAUCCAGCGAGGCAUUGGGCUGAAAAAGGUUCGCGGUUUAUUCCUUACCGGCAAGACCGCAUGGAACAACGGGGGCCUUAUUGGUAUGAUUCUGAGUCUUGCCGACACACAGUCUUCAGAGACCGAGUCAGAAGACUCUUCCAGGCGUCCAAGACUUCAUAUAUAUGCAGGUCCAAAACAACUCCAUUCUCUGGCUUGCGCUCGAAGGUUUAUUUUUCGCACCGGCAUGCCCCUGUCUGUCCAUGAAGCCAGAACAUCGAAUGGCAAGGUGACCCAGCAGCCCAUUCUCGAGGAUGAGAAUAUUCGAGUUUGGGCUGUUGCAACAAGACACCGCACUAGCAGGCCCCCCUCGGCGGUAUUCCAGGCCGACUCUGACUUGUCCGAUGCAGAAGCGGAGCCUUUUCAGGACGAUGAGAUUGAGGAAUCCAGGGUUACCUUUGAACAGGACAUUCGAACUCAAGUUGUGAAUAACAUGUUUGACUCGGACUGGCACCGCGACCGUCUUUCCGAACACAAGGUCAAGGACAUCAAAUUGCCUGCUGUUGUUUGGGUACGCGAUCCAGAAACCAAAGCCUUGAAGAAUUACACGCUUUACGACAAUGAGAAGAUCGCUCCUUUUACACCCGACUCCGUCGUCUUAAUUCGUGAUCCAUGGCCUGCUUCAAUGGUCCAGGAGCUGCCGAACCCAUCCAAUCUGCCCAACAGAACAGCUAUGUCAUACAUAGUCAAGGGUUAUCCCCAACGCGGAAAAUUCGACCCAGUUAAGGCGAAGGCCCUUGGAGUCAAGCCUGGUCCAGUAUUUAGUCGAUUGGUGGCUGGCAUGUCUGUGACGCUCGAAGACGGAUCUGUGAUAACCUCAGAGAUGGUAAUGAGCCCAAGUCGUCCGGGUAGAGGGUUUGCUGUAUUUGAUAUACCCUCUCCCGCCUAUCUCUCAGACCUCAACCGACAGUUGGAUAAGCAGAGCGAACUGCUAGAAGGUGUCGAACUUGUGAUCUGGCUGACUCGCGACCAUGUACCACUUACACCAGAAUUUCAGAAGUUAAUGGAUAAGCUGAAGGAUAAACAACAUAUCCUCUCCCAUCCGGAUAUAUGCAACGACUAUAUCUCGCAAGACUCCAGUGCCAAAGCUGCCGUCCGGCUAUCUAACAUCUCUCCCGAAUUAUUCUCACUCCCACGCUUUAGUAAUAAUACCAGUUACUCUCCUCUCCCGCCCACUUCUACAACCGCACUAAGGAACUUGCUAAGACCAUCAGAGAAGGGCCCCCAGGUUAUCCCCGCUCACCGUGGCUUGUUGGCUCACAUAGAGCCUACUUUUCGGUUGGACAGCACGGAAGUGCCUACAAACUUGGAUCACAGUGCCCUGAAAUGGACUUUGGAACCCGAGGUCCGCGAUCUCAUCCCCGCCGGUAUCUUAGCGGACCCAAGACUUACCGCACUACCUCAACUGAACGAGCCCGAGAUCAUAACUUUAGGUACGGGCUCAGCAGCACCCUCGAAGUAUCGAAAUGUCUCAGCAGUCCUGCUUCGCAUGCCCAAUACCAUGGGAAACUAUCUGUUCGAUUGUGGAGAGGGGACUCUCGGUCAGUUAAAGCGACUUUUUGAUGCCGAGCAAUUGGACAACUUAUUGUGCAGCCUAAAAGUGGUUUGGAUCUCUCAUCUUCACGCGGAUCAUCAUCUCGGCACGAUAACUCUACUCCAGGCCAUCUAUCUAGCUGGCCAGAGACAGUUUCUUCGGGGCGGACCCCGUCCUUCGCCGCCGUGUUUGAUAUCUGAAAUCAACAUGAGGGACUACAUUGAGGACUAUAAGUCUAUUCUCUCCGUUCCGGACAAUGCUCUCUGCAGGUCUAUCGUCUGCCACUGGAAGGAUGGGUUAUCUUCGCACGACCAACCCUUCAGUUUCGAUGAGACAGAUAUUCCCAUUCGAAAGCUUGAGACUGCAAAGGUGAAUCACUGCCACGGAGCACAAGCUAUCUCAAUUACAUUCGACAAUGGCUUCAAGUUCUCUUACAGCGGAGACUGUCGCCCUAGCAGAUAUUUUUGCAAGAUAGGGGCAGAUUCUGAUGUCCUUGUUCACGAAGCAACGUUUGAUGACGGCAUGGAAGGCGACGCCUUGGCGAAGAAGCACAGCACAACCGGCGAGGCUGUUGGUGUUGCACUUGAGAUGAAGGCAAAGAACCUGAUUCUCACACACUUUAGCCAAAGAUACUCUAAAAUCCCCGUGCUCAGCAGUGUCAAGCUACCCCACUCUGCUUCUGAGGAGGAAAUCCUUGAAGUUGAGGAUGCCGAGAUAGAUAGCGGAUACACCGGUACCACUACCGUGAGACAACAGCCCCUGGUUGUGCCAUCACAGGACGAUGCUCGUGCCUGGAGCGAGUCUUCGUUAACCUAUGAGCUUCCGGUUGCGAUUGCAUUCGACCUGAUGCGCAUCCGUGUCUCACAGAUUGCCUUGAUGAAAAGCAUAUUUCCUGCGAUCUCGAAAAUGUUCGAGCUCGAUGAGGAAAAAUUGGAACAGGAGCGUCAGGAAAGAAUUGUGGAGAUGACAGCCAAAGGUAUAUAUAAGGUCAAAGCCGCCAGUGAGCAGCCGUCGGGCUACAAGAAUCAACCUUCCAAAGCUGGGGAGCGGAAAAAGAAGCAGCAGCAAGAGCAGCAAGGUGCUAAACAAGAAGGGAAAAAGAGGAAAGACAUAUCCGCAGGGUCUAACGGGCAUCUGGAAGAAGCCAGGAAAGAUCCAAGUCCUGGGGAAACGGUGGGUGUUCUGGUCGCUGAAGCCGGUGAGAUUACUGGCUUUUCUAUGCCAACUUCAGACAAGGAUGCUAAGCGUGCUCAGGCCGUUGAUAAUGGUAACAGUAAGGCCGCGGUGUCAGAUGCCUUUGGGCCUCCACAGCAGCAAUUGUCGUCCGCAGAUGCAUCACAUAUUCACCCCAACACACAGGUCCCGGAGAUCGAGAACAUGACCCUCAGCCCGGCAAAAAGGCGCAAGAUUGGCGACAUGGCUUAA